CUGUAAUUUACAAUAGAAAUGACUAAUGUUUGUGUGGUUUUAGUCCACAUUGUUUCUGACAUGAGAAUCGAGGUUUGAUGCUGUAGAUUUUCCUUCUCACACCUGUGAUGACUGAACUUUGACCUCAUGUGUUGAUGACUCCUCUCCUCUGUCUCCUCUCACAGGGAGAAGAUGAUCUGCAGGAUCCUUCUGAUCAUCAGCCUGACCUCCUGUGUCUGUGGAACAUUUGUAGUGAAAGUGACACAGACCUCCUAUCAGGCAGAGGAGAACGACAACAUCACACUGGAAUGGAUGUUUACAACCAAACCUGACAGUUCCUCCACCUCACUUAACAUCUUCUGUCAACUGUUAACUGAUGUUAAAACCUUGAUCCUGUAUCAUGUAUAUGAGGGUGUUGAGUCUCCAGAGUCUCAGGAUGGACAGUUUGCAGGACGAGUUCAGUGUGACAAAGACGCCCUCAGAGAAGGACGAAUCAGACUUCAUGUGUCCAGACUCAGGACUGAUGACUCGGGUCUGUACCUGUGUGAAGUGUUCACAGAUUAUGGUGAAAGCUCUGGCAGAUGUCGACUCAAUGUCACUGCUGUUGAUCAGCUCAAACCUCAGAAACCUGCUGUGAGACCACAACCAGAGAGUCGGAGAAGGAUCAGCCUCUACGUUGGACUAACAGCAGCUGUACUCGCUGUCUGUGCUGGACUCUACUCUGCCUUAAGACUCUGUUCUAAACCUGAUGAAAGAUGAUGAACAGAGUUAUAUUUUGGGCAGAAUGCCCCUAUAGGACUCAAAACCAUCACAUUUCCUAUUUUAAUUUAUUAUGAAGUAUUUAUUUACUUUCGUCUAACAUGGCGCGUUACAUUAACACAACUUAAUUAGGAGUCCAACCCCUUCAAGGUAUUGGCCCGACUAUUAACCAAUAUCUGAAGUGCCAUAUUGAUUAGUGCAAAUGGGCGUGGCCUAUCACAUAUUUGAUCAUAACUCAAGAUGCGCUAAGUCCUGAACAUACACACCAAGUUUUGUUCACAUCAGUUGAGGGGGGACAAAAUGGCGGAACUUUAAGUGUGCGGUUAUUGAAAUGCUGCAGGCUUUGUGAUGAUCAAACAAGUGUGUGAUUGGUCUCAUUCCUUCUUUAAACAGAGUUAAAGUAGCUGAAGUGACUUUGUUUGACUUUGUGAAGCCUAGAACCUGAUCACUUUUGCUUUGAAGCUUUAAUUUUCAAUGAUUGAGCUGCCUCCUUAGUUGAGCACGAAGUGCCGCUUGUGGCUAAAUUUACACCCUGUGUUUACUGUUUACACUAUGAAGAUUUACACAAUGCAUGUCAAUAUUUUGUACAUUUCAUUUCAUCCUCCCCAGUUUACAGCUGCGGCAGCUCUUCUCACUUAGAAUGUUUUUACAUAUUUGUUAUUGUGAGUCUCUUUCUUUUUUACGUUAUUAAAUGACUUUAUUUACUUGGCAAAAACCUGUUUCUGAUUUUAUUUACACUUUUUAAAAUGUCUCUAAAACGUGUUUUCAUUCCUCUGCAAAGCACUUCUUCACUCUAUUAAACAUUUUCUGACUUGAA